AUGAAGCCUCAAUCCCCAAUACUGCGACCUCGCCCCUCAACCCGUCGAAAUUAUGUCAGGCCAUCAAUUGCGCCCAAACCUCUCAUCGAUCUAAAACACAUUCGCCAGAACCCAGGCUUAUACGAACAAAAUUGCAUCGAUCGGAACUACAAAUCACAAUCGAAAUCGUCGUGGAAGAUCAUAGAGCUCUUCGACCAGUGGCAGGCGCUCCAGCAGAGCGCAAGAGGGCUUCGCGAACGGAGCAACGAGAUACAAAAGAAGCUGAGGGACACGAAAAUCAGCAAACAACCUCUUAUCAUCAAAGCGGCAUCUUUGAAGGGCGAGCUCAAUGAGUUUGAGCAGCGGGAGGAAAAGCUGCAGGAGGAAAUGGAUGAUCUGGCACAGGAUUUACCCAACCUCAGCAGUAGACACACUCCCGUCGGCGAUGUCCCUGAAGUCGUAUCAUACAUCAACGACCACCCGGAGCCCGAAUCCUCAUCGUCGGAUCGAGUCUGGCGGUCACACAUACACAUUGGAGCAGAAUUGGGCUUGAUGGACUUUGCCGGGGGGGCAACUUCGUCAGGAUGGGGAUGGUACUAUUUGCUGAACGAAGGAGCGAUGCUGGAACAAGCUCUAGUGCAGUAUGCUCUGAGCGUGGCGAGAAGGAAAGGGUGGAUGGUGGUGGCGCCACCUUCAAUCGUCUACUCGCACAUCGCAGCAGCUUGCGGAUUCCAACCACGAGACCAAAAUGGAGAACAACAAGUGUAUGCACUGCAGCAGGCAGAAAAGGAUGAGGCGAAACCACCGUUGUCGCUAGCCGGAACAGCGGAAAUCCCACUAGCAGCGAUGAAGGCCAAUCAGACUUUAGAGGAUAAAGAUCUGCCAUUGAAGACGGUCGGAGUGAGCAGAUGCUACCGGGCGGAAGCUGGAGCUCGCGGAGUGGACACGAAGGGGCUGUACCGGGUGCAUGAAUUCACCAAAGUGGAGAUGUUUGCGUGGACGUUGCCGGACAAUGUUAGCACGGAAGCCUUUACGACUGCUGGAGUCCCUUCAUCGGACGUUAUUUUUGACGAGAUGCUCGCUGUUCAGACGGAGAUUUUAACGGCUUUGGGGCUUCAUUGCCGAGUUCUGGAGAUGCCUACAACAGACCUGGGGGCUAGCGCGACGAGGAAGCGUGAUAUUGAAGCGUUCUUCCCUUCGAGACGAGAGAAAGACGAGGGAUGGGGCGAGGUCACAUCAACAUCGGCGUGCACAGAUUACCAGACCAGAAGGCUACAGACAAGAGUACGGCUGGAAAAAGAGGGUCGCAGAUUGGAUUUCCCAUAUACCCUGAACGGGACAGCGCUAGCAGUUCCCCGAGUACUUGCUGCUAUUUUGGAGAACAACUGGAAUGAGGACGAGAUGUCCGUUACGAUACCCGAAGUUUUACGGCCAUGGAUGGAUGGCAUGGACAAGAUUCUGCGGAAAAAGUGAUAGUGUUGAUGCUGUAUUUUAUGUACACUCUCAAAUAGGAAAUGCGACUGGAUACCACUAACAACGGCUACUCCACUGAGACGGUCGUCACAUGUGCUCCCU